AUUGUUGUUAUUUUCCCAAUCAAAAUUGUUAUUUCGGGAUAGAAGUGGAAUUGAAAUUCUUAACUCAGGUGGCGAUGGAGGUAUCGAAGGAGAAGGUGGAGUUGGUGCAGCUAGCAAUCCAGCGCCUAAUGGAAGAGCAAAGAGCGAAGAAAUCCAACGACGACGACGACGGUGACGGCCACCGCCUCCUCCUCCUCCGUCGAUUGCUUUCUGAGUUGGAAACUUUAGAGGGGGACGGCAAAAUCCAGCAACACAAAGCACCAGCGGAUCAGGAGGACUCCCCCCAUUCCCCUGCACUUGUUGGAGGUGGGACAGAGAGUAAGGCUGCUAAUGAUGAGAGUGGUGGAAACGAAGAGAUAGCUAAAGAACUUGGGAAGAUUAAGAGACAGAAUUUUGUUACCCAUUGCCUUCUUUCGGCAAUGAUUGCCCUUACUGUUGUGUGGCAGCUAUCUGAGGUUUCUCUUGUUCUUAGACUUAAAGAUGGACUGAAUCACCCUUUCAAAAGCUUAGGUGGCAUGCUAGCAGGUCUGCUAAAGCGCCCUAUUAAAAAUGCUCGGAAUGGCGACAAAGAGACAGAGUCAUCUGAUAGGCAACAACAGUUCUCUCCUCUCAGAAUUCCAGAGAUGACCCAGUUGGAUUUGCCCUUGGGUUUGGACAAAGAGGACUGAGAUAAUAUUCCUGGAUGUGUUUCAAAUGUUGCAAAUAUGUACUUUGGGGGUUACGCUUACAAUAAUUCCAGCGUCUUGUUUGAUUUGUUGUUCACGGUAAGCACCAAUAUAGGUGGUACUGGGGAAAGGAGUUUGGCAACAAGACAAAUAUUCCUUUUAAGUCUACUUUCAACAAUAGCUUUUGCUUGAGUUAAGACUUCUUUGGCUGCCAUGGUAGAUCAUGUCAUGUCCAGGUAUGCAUCACCACCUCUUCUUUGAUUGAUUCAAGCAUUUCCUCACAUCUCUCGGGCUUUAACUACCAAGUCUGAGGACUUCUACAUGGAUCCACUUAACAGCAGGGUUCAUAGAGAAAAAACCUUGUCCAUAUGUUGGGCACGCGUGAUGGAUCUACUCAAAAGGCAUUUUCAACUUUUAAAACAAAGCAGAAUAGCAUUCAAUGUUAACACUACCAUGGAAAAACAUUAAGGACGGGGGCUAGAUAGUGCUAGAACAACAAUGAACCCUUAAACGGUCACUUGAAAUGCAAUGAAUUGACAUUAGAGAGUUUAUGCUGGGUGUUUAUACCACGCAUUUUCUUUGCACUCAAGGUAACAUAACCCUGAAGCACCCAACAUAAAGACAGUAAUGAAAACUACGCAAAUAUGACAAGGAAUCACUCAUCAAUUCAUGCAAUUACACAAAGAAAAAGAAAAAAAAAAAAAAAAAGAA